AGCGGGUUAAUUUUGGGGAGUAAACACCCCAACACUCCGCAAAAAGGCGGGUGUUUCAGGUCAGAGAGGGAUUUUAUGAUUCCCUUCCCCUCGUUGGUAAAGGCGGGGACCCAGACCCCUUCGGCGGGAGGCGCCGAGGCCGGGGCGCAGCACCUGUAGGCGAAGGGGGGGCUGCCCCCUCAGCGGGCCCCGCACCGGACGGACGGACCGACUGACAGACAGACACACACCCGCGGGACGGAAGGGAGCUGCCCUGCCCAGAAGAAGGAAAACCACCCAAAAACCACCACCCCGCGGCCGCCGGAGGAGAGACGCCCUCCGCUGGGGCUCGCCCACGCCCGGCGUGGCAACCCAGCGCCGCCCGCCCCGAGCCCCGGAGGCGGCCCCGGUCGGUCCCCUCCGCCGGUGGAGGAGGAGCGGGACGAUGCUGGCGGGGCUGGUGCGGAGGGGCUGGCUGCGGGGCAAGCGGCAACCGGCGGUGCUGCUGUGCGGGCGGGAUGGCUGCCUCCACGCCUCAGCGCCUGAGGUGCGGAGCCGUGCUGGAGCCUGGCAGGGCUGGGAAGGAGCAGCCCCCUGCAGCACACUGGUGCCAUCUGACGAAGUGACUAUUAAUUACAGACAUGGUCUUCCUGUGAUAACUCUUACGCUGCCCACACGACGGGAGCGCUGCCGGUUCACCGUUAAGCCAGUGGUUACCACCGUGGGGGCGUUCCUGCGGGACGUGCAGAGAGAAGAUAAAGGAAUCGAGAAGGCAGAAGUCUUUGCAACAGAUGGUAGCAAAGUCUCUCAUGCCACCUUGAUGGAGGUCUUAUUGAUGAAUGACUUUAAACUGGUUAUCAACAACGCAGCAUACAGUGUGUCACCUCCUGUAAAAGAUAAGCUGAGUAAUGAGCACGCUACUGAAAUGGAAGAUAUCAAGUGCUUGGUUCACAGACUGUUCGUGGCUCUACAUUUAGAAGAUCACCAGAUCAGGAAAGAGAGAGAGUUGCUGCAGAAACUGGACCAUCUUAAAGAAGAGCUUCUCCCUCUUGAACAGAUGAAAGCCAGAAUCAUGGACAGUGCAGAUGCAAAGACCUCCAGGCUCCUAUGGGUCGGCCUAGCUCUGAUGUCAACCCAGGGGGGAGCGCUGGCCUGGCUCACUUGGUGGGUCUAUUCCUGGGACAUCAUGGAGCCCGUCACGUACUUCAUCACUUACGGGAGCGCCAUGGCUUUCUAUGCCUACUUUGUCCUUACUAGACAGGACUACAUUUACCCCGACGCCAAAGACAGGCAGUUCCUCCACUACUUCUAUCGGAAAUCCAAAAAACAGCAUUUUAAUGUGGAACGAUAUAACAAGCUCAAAGAAGACCUGGCAGAGGCAGAAGAAUCCCUGAGGCGCCUGCGCCACCCUCUGCACCUGAGGCUUCCCAUCCAGGAGAUCAGGGACAAGGACUGACUUUGGUUUUGUAUAUAUUGGAAUUGCCCUUUUAGAGGUGAUACAAACAUUUAGUUACUCGUCAGGAACUGGAUUCUUUUGACCACUAUCGUUUUGAAAGUUGCAAUAAAUAUCU